GAGUUGAUGAAUUACAUACAGAUACAUAAGUCUUAAAAAAACAAAGCCUCUCUCUUUUCUCUCACUUAUAACUAACAAAAGAUGAAUUUGAUUAUGGGUGAGGGUGAAUUAGUGAGCUGUAGGGAGCUUGUUGAAGCUCAAGAGCUUAUAUAUAACUGUUCACUCAGCCACAUAAAGCCCAUGUCAUUAAAAUGUGCCAUUGAAUUAGGCAUCCCAGAUAUCAUCCACAACCAUGGCCAACCAAUUACACUAUCCAAACUCAUUUCUUCACUUCCUAUACACCCUUCAAAAGCUCAUUGCAUUCAUCGCCUCAUGCGAAUCCUUGUCCAUUUUGGCUUCUUCACAACUCAAUUAUUACUUCCACAACAACAAGAAGAGACAUACUCUCUCACACUUGCUUCUAAGCUUUUCUUAAAAGAUUGUCCUAUUAAGGCCACACCAUUUUUUCUUGUCCAACUCAACCCGCUUUUGCUUAAGCCGUGGCAUUUUCUAAGCACUUGGUUACAAAAAGGGGAAGAUGAUGAUGAUCAUCCAAGUACCCCAUUUGAGAUGGCGAAUGGUAUAAACUUUUGGGAUGGCGUAGGUAAUGAUCCAAUGGUUAAGUACAUGUUUACGGAAGCCAUGGCCACUGACUCUUAUCUAAUGUCGAAAGUGAUUGUAGAAGAAGGUAAAGAGGUGUUUGAAGGGUUGAGUUCGUUGGUCGAUGUGGGUGGUGGCACAGGUAUUAUGGCCAACGCCAUAGUUGAAGCCUUCACUAACAUUAAAUGCACUGUACUUGAUCUUCCAUAUAUCGUUGCUGAUUUGAAGGGAACACACAACUUGAACUUUGUUGAAGGAGAUAUGUUCAAGAAAAUACCCUCUGCAAAUGCUGUUUUACUCAAGUGGACUCUGCAUGACUGGAACGAUGAAGAGGUUGUGGUUAUAUUAAAGAAAUGCCGAGAAGCUAUUUGGAGCAAAGAUAAAGGAGGGAAAGUGAUAGUGAUAGAUAUGGUUAUUGAUGAUGAUGAGGAGCCAAAGUCAUCAGUUGAGACUCAACUCUGCUUUGAUAUGUUAAUGAUGGUCAACCUCACUGGCAAAGAACGUAAUGAAAAGGAAUGGGAAAACCUCUUCUUGGCUGCUGGAUUUAGUCACUACAAGAUAAAUCCAAUUGUUGGAUUUAGAUCUCUCAUUGAGGUUUUCCCUUAAAAUAAUACUACUUUAUUGUAUUGGAUUUGGGUGUCAUUAAUAUUACGUGAGUAUUAUUACAACUUUAUUAUUGGGUUUGGGUAUCGAAUUAGGAUGCAACCACAUGUAUCACAAAAAAUAUAUAAUAAGGUGUGUUUGUUGUUUUGCUAAUACUUGAUAAUAUAUAUUAGUGUGUGUUUGUGGUUUUAAAUAUACUUUUUGAUCCAUUAGAAAAAAAAAAAAAAAAACCCUUCUUUGUUAAUUUUACGA